GAGUCUCAGCGGCCACUGGAGAGGAGGCGCGCCGCCGCCCGCCCGCCCGCCCGCCGCGUCCUCCGCCGCUGCUAGCGCCCGGCCCCGGUCGCCCGUCGCGCUCGGCCCCGAGGGCAUGCGGCAGCAGCAGCGGUCCCGGUUCCCGGGCUCGGCGGCGCGGGCGAGCGUGAGCGGAUGUUCAGUUCUUCUCCACAAUGAAUGAGUGUUACUAUGAUAAGCGGAUGGACUUUUUUUAUAAUAGGAGCAACACUGACACUGCUGAUGAGUGGACAGGAACGAAGCUUUUAACUGCUUUGUGUCUUGGAACAUUUUUCUGCCUGUUUAUCUUUUUUUCUAAUUCUCUAGUCAUCGCAGCAGUGAUCAAAAACAGAAAGUUUCAUUUCCCCUUCUACUACCUGUUGGCUAACCUAGCUGCUGCAGACUUCUUUGCUGGAAUUGCCUAUGUGUACCUGAUGUUUAACACUGGCCCAGUUUCAAAAACUCUGACUGUCAACCGGUGGUUUCUCCGCCAGGGACUUCUGGACGCUAGCUUAACAGCCUCCUUGACCAAUUUGUUGGUUAUUGCCGUGGAAAGGCACAUGUCGAUCAUGAGAAUGCGGGUCCACAGCAACCUGACCAAAAAGAGGGUGACGCUGCUCAUCUUGUUCGUCUGGGCCAUCGCCAUCUUUAUGGGGGCUGUCCCCACGCUGGGCUGGAAUUGCCUCUGUGACAUCUCUGCCUGCUCUUCCCUGGCCCCCAUUUAUAGCAGGAGUUACCUCAUUUUCUGGACUGUGUCCAACCUCAUGGCCUUCUUCAUUAUGGUCGUGGUGUACCUGAGGAUCUACAUGUAUGUAAAGAGGAAAACCAACGUCUUGUCUCCGCAUACGAGUGGGUCCAUCAGCCGCCGGAGGACGCCCAUGAAGCUAAUGAAGACGGUGAUGACUGUCUUAGGGGCCUUCGUCGUGUGCUGGACGCCAGGCCUGGUGGUUCUGCUGCUCGACGGCCUGAACUGCACGCGGUGCAACGUCCAGCACGUGAAAAGGUGGUUCCUGCUGCUGGCGCUGCUCAACUCCGUCAUGAACCCCAUCAUCUACUCCUACAAGGAUGAGGAUAUGUACAGCACCAUGAAGAGGAUGCUCUGCUGCUUCUCGCAAGAGAAGAACCCGGAGAGGCGGCCCUCCCGCCUCCCCUCCAUGGUCCUCAGCCGGAGCGACACGGCGGGCAGCCAGUAUAUGGAGGAUAACAACCGAGGCCCCGUCUGCAACAAGAGCAGCUCGUAGGCUGCGAUGCCCCUCCGCCCACCCCGGCCUCCUAGGGGAGAAGAGGUGUUUGGAAUGGGUACCUGUCUCCAACAAAGCCCACGUACAGUGUUAUUUGAUCUCUGAAUGAAUCAUUGGGAGGUUUGUUUCAAAAAUUGUUUUACGUUAAGUAAAAGCACGGGCAGAAGAGAGAGGACACGUACAUUUAGAGAGAAGCACAGAAAGAGGGACGGCAGCACAGUGGAUUCCCACCUGAGGCCCCGUGACCCUCUCGGAGCACCACCCACCAGGCCGCGUGUUCUGGUUUCUGCCGCCAUCUUGUAGGCAUUGUCUCUUGUUUUCAAAGGAUGUUGUUAAAGGGCUUAGGCCAAAAUAAAUAAAAACGUUACUUGAGCCACUAUCUGUAGCUGCUUGGAAAGCAUAUGUAGUUCUUUCUGCAUGCAUUUGAAAUUUUUAAAAAUGCUUCAGCAGUGAUGUUUUUCUCCUCAAACAAACCAUGGCCAGUAGCUAGGUGUUCAGUAGGAAUCUCAAAGUAACACAUCAGUCAGGGCUCCAGAAAAUGAACUUGAUCUUUAACUGAAAGGACAGUCUGAGGAAAGAAGAUUUAUUCUAAUAACAAAAAAAGUAAACAUUAAACACUCUACUUGCAGUGAAAAAAGAGGCCUUGAUAUAGUCCUCUCAGUGUGCACGCAUAUUGACACACUUCAAAUUUGUAUUGAAAGACAUCACAGAUAGCGAUGGUGAAAUAAAUUCACUGGCCACCUAGACUUUUCAGCCUAGGACUAAUAGUUGUAGAAAUGACCUCUUAUGCUCUAAUAGCAAGGGGUGAUUCAUUUGAAAACACAUCAGCAGGGUGAAAAGCAUAUUAGCAUGUUCCUUGCAUAUAGGAUUGCAUAUGAGUUCCAGUUCAGUCGCUCAGUUGUGUCCAACUCUUUGUGACCCCAUGAACCGCAGCACACCAGGCCUUCCUGUC